GAAGAAGGGAUUCUCAGUUCAACAAUGAUGAUCUUAAUCCUUUGAUGUUCUUUUAAAAUACUAGCGGAAUGAUUGAAUUAAUAUACAAGUCAGCUUUUCCGCAAUCUCAUAGCUCAAAUAUUAAUUUCUCCAGCCAUAGAAUAAUUCAAUGUAUUUCGCAUUUCUUUGGAAGAAGUAUCAUUUAUUCAGAAGAGGAAGAUCAGUCGAUGUUGAGAUGUCUAUAGAAAUAUUCAAAGAUCUUAUUGAUUAGGUGAAUACUUUAAACAAAAACUUCGAUAACUCUCAGAAACCAAUGCAAACACAGCAAAUACCAAUGCUGAUAAGACAAACUCAGCAUUGAUAACAGAAAUAUUUGCAGAAAACAAGGCAGAAAGUAUCUCAAAUCCAGACUCACUGUGGCUGUGAAAUGAGGAGCCUUUUCCGCUCUUUUCUGACCACUUUCUCCGGAACGUGUUUGCAACUCCGUGGUCUCAUCGCGCACGCGUCUCAGUCGCCAGUCGCGAGCUCUCGUGCACAAUCUCCACCGCGUCGGCCGGCGUCAGAUGACCUUGCCGCGUCCUUGGCUUGACACCGUCAAGAGACACUGUCGCAGAGUCAAAGCGAGUUGCUGUCGGCGGAGGCAGAGAAAGAGACCUCAAGAAGUCCAACAGUGUUGUGUGUUGCCUGUGGCCAAAACAAGUGUGUGGACGCUUCGUGAAUCUCACCAGCAGAACAGUGAAGUGCCUCGCGAGUGACUCUAGCUUUGGAUGCAGUGAAGAUCUACUGGAAUCUGGAAGAAGGCCAGAAAUCAGUGCUAGCUCCGGACGACAAAAGUGAUGCUAGUUGUCCCGCAGACGUGAUUCCGGUUAUCCAGUCGAAUGAGUGCACCUGAAGAAACGCGGGAGAACAUCGACAAACCCUGCGGGCUGCUCUCGCUCAUUCCCCUAGGGAUGUCCUGUCGCGGUCGGGCGGAGGCUUUCGCGAGACGCCUCCAGUCAAGGCUCAGGACUCUGGGUUCCAAUGGCCUCGACGACACAAUAAAUCACACAGAUACUUCCUGGCUGGUUGGUCAGAGCAGCGAUGAGGUGAUAUCCAGCCUGCCUGAUGGCUUGGACGACACCUUCGGAAAUGCCACAGAGCUACCGAUGGAACCUGAAAGUCCCGGGAGUCCGGCUGAAGAGUGCGAGUACACCAGACUGGUUGAGACGCCGCAGGACGGCGCUGCCGAGUCAGGCUUCGUGUGCGCCUCACCAAUGUCACCUGAAGACAGCGUGAGUAGCUUCAGUUCCUCCGAAGGCACCUUUUUUGAUCCCGACAGCGACUACUUCGAUUGUACGGAUUCGCAGAAGGAUUCCUCACCGACACUCUUCAAUGGCCACGAAACGACAGAGAGUCCCUCAGAUUCUCUGCCACCGUCGCAGACUGACUCUAAUUCCACCCUGACUGAGUGUCACACAUCUGCAUCCAACAGCACAUUGCAGGAAAUGAUGGAAAUCCCGUCGCUGGCAGAGCUGGCUGAGCCACCAGACGACGAACUACCCCAGGAGGUUCCAGAAGAACCUUCCACAAACGGUCUGGACACCGAGCUACAGAGGGAGGCCAGCCCAGAAGGGCGCCCACAGCGCAUUCAGCGGAGUUCAUCUCUCAAGUCCGGCAAAACACCACCGGGAACGCCUGGCAGGAAGAAAUUUGUUCGCUUCGCCGAUGUGUUGGGUUUGGAUCUUGCUGAUGUGCGCACAUUUCUCGAUGAUGUCCCACGGAUACCCACGUCAGCAUUCGACGAUCUUGACGUCGGCACGUGCGCAGAGGAUAUCCACCUCUCACUGGAGCCUCGGGUGGACAAGGUCCUCGUGCCGUUGUUCCAGCAGCCGAGCAGCCUGCCCAAGUUCCUGGACUUGGUGCGCGAACACAACGUCUUCCUGGAGAAUGCCGCCGUCACAGAUCCCAGCACACUCACAAUCACGGGCUGUGUGCGUGUCCGCAAUCUGGAUUUUCACAAAUCCGUCCAUGUGCGCUACAGCACAGACGCCUGGCGCAGUUAUGCCGACCUGCAGGCCAACUAUGUGGAGAACUCCUGCGACGGCUUCUCAGACAAAUUCUCCUUCACUCUCUUCGGCAAUGCCCUGCAGGUGGGGCAGCGCCUGGAGCUGGCACUGCGCUUCCAGUGUCACGGUCAGCAGUUCUGGGACAACAAUCACGGGUCCAACUACUGCUUUCAGUGCCUCCCCGCCACGACACUCACCCCACGGACACCACGGCGAGAGCCUGAGUCUGAGGAGUCCUGGGACGUGUCGUUCUACUGAAUCAAUGUGGCCAGCCAGAUUGUUUCUCUGUCUGGCCUUAUAAUCGCCAUCGAAUUGAGAUUGCAGAGUGUCCCUAUAUGUUUCUGACAACGAUUAGGCUAAUUGGGCACGGCCUUCGAAUGAGAGGAGCCUAAUAAGAUUUCCCUUUUUCCUAAUAUACAAAACCAAUUAUACUGUCCAGAGAUUUCUAUAUCCUUAUGAUGGUUGUGAGGAAGCCAAUUUGGACUACAGAAAUCAAGGCUUACAUUGUUUUCAGGCUGAUUUUAAAGCCUCAAAUUCUAUGGAUCAAAAUUAUCCUCACCAACCGUUUCAGGAUUGAAAAACUCUCUAAUCUCUGUAGUGUUAAAUCUAAGUAACAGUUAAAAGAAUGAUUAUCAUAUUAACAAGGGACAUAAUUUAGAAGAAUUCUGCAAUCUCAAGCGUAGUUUGAGGAAAUCCUGUCUUAAAUCAGUCAAGAGACCUUAGCAAGUGGCCAAAAAAUGCAAUGAAACACUGAGAAUAGGGACAACAGUGAAUGGCUUGGGAAUUGCACUCAAUUCUUCGAUCUACCCACGCUUUAGAGAUGAAUCUCCCAAAUCAAUUUCGAUGCCAACAGCCUCGAAAUAGACGUGGUGGAGCGUGAAUGAGUUUGAUCCACGAGGAAGCCCGUCAAGCUUGAGCUUCAACUGUGCAACAAAUAAAAAUGUGAUAAAUUUCUGACUGAAGGGAAGGUGUGUCCUUAUUGCUCGACGGGCGUCCUCGAUGGCUUCAUGCAAGACGAUGUGGCAAUAACUGUUAAAUUGUAAGAUAAUAUAUCCUGAGAUGUGAAAAAAAUGAUGAGGUGAAUCAAAAGAGGAAUACAAAAUAUCGGUAGAUGUUGAAAAUGUUUUCUAAGAAAAUACACACAGUCUUUUUUGUGAAGAAAAUUGAUUUAAGAAACUUGUUGGCAGAUCUGUUUUCAACAAAUAAAGAGACAUUGUAGAGAA